GAGGACAACUGCGGGUCAUCCCACUGGAGAUGAGCAGCUCUCAAAAAAGGCACAAACAACAGAAGAAUGGAUACAGUUUCAUAUGUUAAAAGAAUGUUAAAAGGAAAAUAAGGAAACGACGCCUCAGUAUGAAUCCAUUCAGACCUCCUAGAUCAAGUGGUAGUGGAGAAGAAAUCUCAUUUCAAGAAAAUGAGAGAAGAUGGCAGCAAGAGCGUCUCCACAGAGAAGAAGCCUAUUACCAGUUUAUUAAUGAGCUCAGUGAUGAAGAUUAUCGGCUAAUGAGAGACCAUAACCUUUUAGGCACCCCUGGAGACAUAACGUCAGAGGAGCUACAGCCGCGCUUAGAUAGAGCAAAGGAGCAGCUGGCAUCCCAGCCUGGCUCGAGGAGUGGGUCAAGUGAUGGAGACUCAGAAAACCUUAGAGAUCAUUCAGAUGAGGAUUCUCUGCUACGAUGGCUGAACACUUUUCAGCGCACUGGAAAUGUGACUCGAAGUGAACAGAAUGGGAACCAAAGUUAGAGAGCUGUGAGCCGAACAAACCCAAACAGUGGAGAGUUUGGGUUCAGCCUGGAAAUCCACAUAAAUCCUGACAACAGAGGCUCUGGAACUCAUGGAGAGGAUUAUACAGACAUUCCUGUGUCAGGUGUUAGCAGAGAUCCUAGGCAGCAAAGAUCAUCUAGUCCUGUGGCUAUGCGAACGAGAAGCCAAACCUCCAGGAGGAGUUCCAGUGGCGGUGACUCCAGUGUCCCAGGGGUUAGGCAUGGUGCAAGGGGGCAGGGUUCAGUGCAAGGAUUGUUCUCAGCACGGGGAAGGUUAAGAAAUGGAAUUGGAGGAACACUUGGUGUUCCUAGAGUUAGUGGCCAUCGCCCUAAUGUCCUCAGCACUCACACAGACCAGUCAGAUGGUAGUAAUCUCAGGCAAAGGGAAUGGCAGCGGUUUGGAGCAGCACAUAUUUGGGAAAACAGGGCUAGAAGUAAUGUUACAGUGAGAAACACAAACCAAAGAUUAGAGCCAAUAAGAUUGCGUCCUGUUUUCAGUAGUCGAAGCCGGUCCCCAAUUCGGACACAGAAUGGUACUGUAUAUCCUAAUUCCCAACGGCAGAGUAGACCACUUCAGCAAACUGGUAGGAACAGAUCUGUUAGGCAUAGAGGUGUAACUCAAGUCUUUCUGGAGCAAGAUAGAGCACGCAGAGGUACCGUUUAUACACCGCUGCCCAACUCAAGACUUGUGUCAAGAAUAACAGUAGAAGAAGGAGAAAUCAUCAGGUCCUUAGCUGCCACACAGCUCCAUCCAGCAAUCACACUAGACCUGCAAGUCAGGAGGAUUCGUCCUGGAGGUCCAUAA